GCGUUUCUAUAGUUACUUGAGGAACUGUUGUUAUGGAGCUCAUUCUUCAACACUUCACACAAAGUUUUCUCCCUGAAUACUUCACUGUGGACAGGUUUAUCUUUCUCAGGAAAGUUACAGCUGGUGGUAAACCCUUUGUUUUAAAGCAGAGAAUAUGCAGGUCCAGUCGGUGCCGCUCGCUUCGGUCACCAUCGGACCGAAGUCUUGGCGCGAUGGGACGCUCCUCUGCAUCCAGCGGGCUGAGCGCCUGGUUCGGCAGACUCGUGCCGGGCGGUCCAGUACCAAUAGCCGGCCUCGGAGCUACAGCGCCUCCGCCGGUUUGAGCCCAAAGCACACAGACUGUACAGCGGAAACAGAUAAGAUCACAGCGGAGGAAUGUAGAGGGAGUCGUGACUGCAAAAAUAAGAUGUCGAGGCCUCAAACUACAGGAGCAGGGUUCCCCAGAGGCUUCCAGGGAAGGACAGUGGCCCCGUUCCCACCAACCAGCUUGCGUGAGCAGUGUGCGGGGGCCAGCGUGGCGGUGGCCGGGGAGUACAUGCGCAGGGUGCGGGAGGUGGAGGGCCAGCUGCGCAGGCAGGCCGGCAGGGGGACGCAGGAGGGCCUCAGGCUGGAGAAGGAGAGGGGGCACCUGGAGAGGAUGCUGCGCAGCCUCAGGGUCGAUCUGACUGUCAACAGGAGGAGCUCAGAGGGGAGGACCAGGAGGCCGUCCACUGCUGAGACUGAGAGAGACGGUGCUGAUUACUUGUUGUUGUGUGAGAGAAGAGAGCUGGCCCAGCUGAAACAGGAUCUGGAGGCAGCGCUGAGAGACACACUGACCCAGCUUCAGGCCCUGGGUCAGAGCGGCAGGCGGGUGCUGGACUGUGCCAGUGAGAGGUCUCGUGUCCUGGAGCUGCUGCCUCCCAGCGGCUCUGCUGGACACGGCAGCGCUGCUCAGAUGUUCGAAAAAACAGACCCCCUCGGCCCCUUUACACCGGAAUGUAAACGGGUCUUAGAGUCGUCAACUUUGACAGUCAACCAGUCACAGCUACUGAGGGAAAAGAUCAGAAAGAUACUCAGCAGCGCCAUCACCAGGCAGAAAGCUGUUCAUCGCACCGUCAAUGAUGGCCUGGUGAAGAAAGUUGCCGAGACAAUCAGUCUAGAGCAAAACCUGACUUUGAUGCAUGCAGCCACCAGGCAGGCCGUGUUUCGAAAGCAGAGGGAAAUUAACUGUAUCCGUCAGAGCUACGGCAGAGUGCAGGGUCCAGAGUACAGCGGUGACAUCCUGACCAGAGAGAAACUCAACAGGCCUCUGGUGCAGGUUUAUCAGAGACACCCAGGGACACAGUUACCGGAGGCUGCUCAACUCAUACAGGGCAGUGCGGUGCUGAGGAGGUGUCUGCAGUCCUCUGAGAGGGAGCUGGCCCGGCUGCAGCGCUCCUGUCUGCAGCUGCUGGACGACCAGCACGGCAAGAGGGCCGCAGCUCAGGUGGACGCAGCCGUCAUCCGCAUGAGGCGACAGCAGGUCGACAAGCGAGCCAUGCCCUCUGCCCUCCAGCAGGGGGCGUGCAGAAAGCAACUUCCUAUGUUUCAGUAGGGCUGCAGCAGACAGAGAGGUGAUGCUUGUAGUGUGUUAGAAAUAGGGAGCAACCAUUGUGAAAAAUGUUAUAGCAUGGGCAACACGUUGGGACACACAUGGGAUGGAAGUGUAUGAACACUGUCACAUAGUCUUGUAUAAUUUUGUUUAAUUUUCUUGGCGCAACAAGGUUAAACAACUGAAAUUUGAUUAAAAUUUA